GGAUUAUAAUCUGCAAUUUAAUCUGAUUCGGUGAGUCUUGCUGUUAAAGGAUCAUUCACAUAUCUGAGCAAAUGGCUGAGAAAAUUGCUCUUCUUGAAAGUUAUUUGAGCUGCCACGUGUGUUCAGAGACUUUCAGAGAUCCUGUGUCUCUGAGCUGCAACCACAGCUUCUGUUCAAGCUGCCUGCAGAAAUUCUGGGAACAAACUGAAAACAAAAACUGUCCCAUUUGUGAAACAGAGUCCUCCACUGAUGAACCAGCAGUAAACUUUGCACUGAAGGACGUGGCUGACAUAUUUGGUGAAAAACAGAAUAAUUCUUCACCUGAGCUGGAAAAAGAAAAGGAGGAAGAGGAGGUCGUGUGUGAUAAACAUCCAGAAGUCCCUUAUUGGUUUUGUGAGGAUGAGCAGAGAGUUGUGUGUCCUGUCUGUGAGUUUUCUCUCCACCAUGGUCACAAGGUGGUUCUAGUGGAACAAGCAGUCAGUGACCUGAAGGACCAGCUGAAAUCUGAUUUACAGUCUCUGCAGGACAAGAGGGACAAAUAUGAAGAAGUGGAGAAAACAUACAAUGAAGUGAUUGAACACUCCAAGAAGCAGCUGUUGUCCACAGAGAGACAGAUCAGAGCAGAGUUCAACAAGCUCCACCAGUUCCUGAGAGAGGAAGAGGAGUCCAGACUGGCAGCUCUGAGGGAGGAAGAGGAGCAGAAGGGGAAGACUAUCAGCAGAGAGAUGAAGAGGAUUCAGGAGCAGAUCUCCUCUCUGUCAGACAGUAUCUCUGCUGUUGAAGAAGAGCUGCAGAAACACAACAUGCCAUUCCUCAGCAGUUAUAAAGCCACUCAGACCAGAGCCAGAGUCCAGUGCUCACUGUCAGAUCCACAGCUGGUCCCAGGAGCGCUGAUAGAUGUGGCCAAACACCUGGGCAACCUGUGGGAGAAGAUCCCCUUCAGUCCUGUCAUUCUGGACCCAAACACUGCCAGCUGCCUUCUCCAGCUGUCUGAUGAUCUGACCAGUGUGAGACGAGGAGACACAAAGCAGCAGCUUCCUGACAAUCCAGAGAGGAACACUAAGUAUGCCAAUGUUCUGGGCUCUGAGGGCUUCAGCUCAGGGAAACACAGCUGGGAGGUGGAGGUGGGAGAUCAUCCUGACUGGAUUGUAGGUUUGACUAAAGAGUCAGUUGACAGAAAGGGGAAAAUAUCUGCCUCAUCACAAAAUGGAAUCUGGUGUUUAUUUCAUCGGAAUGGAAAAUACAACAAUGGAGCCGGAAAGACUGUCAGAGUGAAGAAGAGUCUCCAGAGGAUCAGAGUCCAGCUGGACUAUGACAGGGGGGAGGUGUCCUUCUACGACCAUGAAGACAUGACUCACAUCUGCACUCACAAAGACUUUUUCACUGAGAAACUUUUUCCAUGGUUCAGUAUUGGUUCAGCUGGUGAUGCUAAAACUGCUGAUAUCAAAAUCUGUCAAACUAAGAUUUCUUUCUGAUGUUCAGGGAGGGUGCUGAAGUCUCAGUUGUUUAUUAGGAUUUUUAUAAUGGUGGAGGUUUUAUUUUCCAGUUUCAGACAAUUCCAGUUGGUUGAAAUUUUGAAGAAUAUGAAGAAAAUGUCUUGACUCAGGUUAAAACUUGAGACAUUAUUCACACUUACGCUUUCAGAAACUGGUGAUUGUUGCUCCAACAAGGACAAGCCCCAAAUGCAGAAAACCAGGCAAACUGAUACAAUUCAGGGGUGUAUUGACUUAUUUAGGUAAUAAAAGCAUACAAAAUCCUGAGACAGGCAAGGGUUCAAAACACGCAGGUAAACUUUCACAUUCCAGGUCACAGAUAACAGAAUACAGACUAGAAGUAACUUGACUAUCUCACUGAUAUAUCACUGAUCCAGUGUAGAAAGGGUCAGAGGUUAUUGUAAGAUGUGUGUUUGUGCAAGUUUGGCUGAUAUUCAGGGAGUCUAAGUGUCAGUGAUACAUCUUGUACAGAUUUAAUUUGAUGACAAAGUU